AUGCAACUAACGAAUAAUACCAACAAGGACGAAUCAACAGAGAAUAAGGAUAACUGGAUCGCCAAGGGCUACAUGUGGACGCCCCAGUGUGUGAUCGUUUAG